AGCAAAAGAAACAAUAGACAAGAGACUAAUCUAACUCGGAUCAGAGUUAACAGAGAGCCAUGGCAGCUCGGAAGCGAGCUUCAACAAACUCGUCCUCCUCGACUCAAACCAAACCAAGCGAUCGCGAGCCACCCAAAACCCAAGAAGCAGCAGCAGAAGCGCCAAUCUCAGCACCCAAGUCUGGUGUGAUUCUGAAGCUGACGGCGUUGUUCUCCGUCCCCUACUUUUACCUGGUCUUGUACCAUUACAAGAUUGAGCAGGAGCUCAGAAAUUCGAUUCUGAUCAAUGCCGCCCUCAGCCUCGCGGCGUUCUUCGUCACCGUUAAGAUGAUCCCUGUGGCUUCUAGAUACGUUCUCAGGCGCAAUCUGUUUGGCUACGAUAUUAACAAAAAGGGUACUCCUCAGGGUACUAUUAAAGUGCCAGAGUCGUUGGGCAUUGUUGUUGGAAUUGUCUUCUUGGUCUUUUCGAUAUUAUUUCAGUAUUUCAACUUCACUGCAGAUUCAAAUUGGCUUGUUGAGUACAAUGCAGCAUUAGCCUCCAUAUGCUUUAUGGUAUUGCUGGGAUUUGUAGAUGAUGUUCUUGAUGUACCGUGGAGAGUGAAAUUAAUACUGCCAUCAAUUGCAGCUUUACCUCUGCUGAUGGCUUAUGCUGGACAUACAACUAUUAUCAUACCGAAGCCUCUUGUUCCAUAUGUUGGGCUAGAGGUCUGGGAUCUAGGAUGGAUGUAUAAACUAUAUAUGGGACUUUUGGCGGUUUUCUGUACAAACUCAAUUAAUAUUCAUGCUGGAUUGAAUGGUCUUGAAGUUGGCCAGACAGUUGUAAUUGCAUCUGCUAUUUUAAUACACAAUAUCAUGCAAAUUGGAGCUUCUGUAGAUUUUGAGUACAAGAUGGCACACGCAUUCUCUAUAUAUCUUGCCCAACCCUUACUGGCAACCUCCUUGGCAUUGUUCUCUUACAACUGGUAUCCUUCUUCAGCUUUUGUUGGAGAUACUUACACAUACUUUGCUGGGAUGACUAUGGCUGUAGUUGGGAUUCUUGGCCAUUUUAGUGAAACGCUCCUGAUUUUCUUUCUCCCUCAAGUCUUGAACUUUCUCUUGUCGCUGCCCCAGCUUGCUGGGAUCAUUCCAUGUCCGCGCCAUCGUCUCCCAAGGUUCGAUCCUGAAACUGGACUGCUGACUGGGACAAAUGAUGGGACGCUUGUAAACUUGUUCCUAAGACAAUUUGGCAGGAUGACAGAGAAGAAACUUUGUGUUUAUCUUCUCGUUUUCCAGGCUCUAGCAUGCUGCUUCUGUUUCCUGUUGAGAUACUUCCUUGCUGGUUGGUAUAAAUGAGGCAAAAAAGAACCAACUUCUACAAGCAAGCGUCCACAAACAUACAUUUCCUGCAAGCGAGUCAAUACCAUCGGCAACACAUAGAUUAGACAUCACUUUGAAGUUUUGACAUUCUAGAGAUGGGUUACAACUUGUAUCUUUUUAAAUUUAUUUUAACAAAAAGGGAGCAUUCAUAAUAGAUGAAAUUAGAGUUCAAUUUGUAUUUUAGCCGUUGAUGGAAAACAUUAUAUUACCAGGAAAGAGAUUAUGAUUUGCCUCGAUUCGAUGUCUAGCAUUGCUUUUGGAUACACAAGUAAUACAUUUACAACUUCACUGGGAUUGAAAAGAACUGGGAUAAGAUGUUUUAAA